AUGUAUAACGAAUUACUUUCAAAGUUAGAUCAUUUAAAGCGUCUUAGCGAUGAUUAUAUUCACUAUGUCCAAUCCCAUACUACGCAUAGAAAAUUAGUUUUAUUCAUAUUCGGACUCAUUGUCUUUUUUAUUAUUUAUCAGUUUUGGUUUGAUCGAAGUCAAUUUACCAUUUUACGGUCGUCAAACUCCAAAAUUUAUUAUUCUUCAAUUAGAGGUCUACUUCUUAGUAAUAAUAAUUAUAGUAAAAAUCUUCAUGAUAAAGCUCAAGCACCGCUAACAUGUUUAAUUAUAAUUCGUACAGCUGAUGGAGCUCUUGGAAAUCGAAUGUUUUUAUUUGCCAGUGCUUAUGGGUUAGCCCGUCUACAUCAAUGUAAACUUUAUGUAGCACCCUGGAUUUUAAUUGAUCUUCGAUCAGUUUUUCUAAUUCCAAUAAAUCAAACAAAAGUUCAGCUAACAACAGAUGAUUCUGUUGUAGUUAAUCGAACUGAUAUAUAUGGACGAUAUAGUGCUUGUACUUUAUACAGUGAUUUAUUUAAAAUUCCACUAAAUUCCACUUUUAAUCGAUAUGAAAUGGUUGGAUUCUAUCAAGCGUAUGGAUAUUUUGAAAAAUAUAAAGAAGAAAUUGCAUUUUUAUUUCAAUUCAAUUCAGGAGCUAUUGCUAGCGUUGUACCCUUAGUUGAUCAGCUUCUAAAAGCUGUUUGGAAUAUACCAUUGAAUUUGGGUAAUUAUACAAAAAACAAUGUACCACAUCCAUAUUUAAAAUCUCUUCUUAUAAAUCCUCCACCACCCUUAGCACCUGUCACUUGGGUUGGAAUUCAUAUUCGUCGAAGUGAUUUUUUAACCUUUUUUCGAAUUGAUACAAGUGUAGACUAUCUUGUUUGGGCAAUGGAUUAUUAUCGAAGAAAAUAUAUUAAUUGUCGAUUUUUAGUUGCAAGCGAUGAUAAAAAUUAUGUGAAAAUAAAUCUUGGAAAUUUCUCUGAUGUCUUCAUAACGCCAGCAAGGUAUUUCUCAGGUGAUGAUCUAGCUGCAUUAGCUUUAUGUGAACAUACAAUUGCUACAGCCGGUACUUAUAGUUGGUGGGCCGCUUGGCUGGCUGGUGGAAAUGUUGUUCAUGAUCUUAAUUACCCAGUACCAUUUCAAAAUUGUAUUAAAGAGCAUUAUUUUCCCCCGUGGUUUCUUUUUCCACAUAACAGUUCAAGUUUAAAAUGGAAACCACCAGUUCAAGCCAAAUAA